AUGAAGCUGCUGCUGUCGGCCCCCGACUUCAGCCUAAACCCUCCGCUGCCGCUGCUGUAUAUCUAUUCUGCUGCUGCUGCUGCUCAUCCUGCUGCUGCUGCUGCUGCUGCUUGGCGGCAGCGCUUUGCUGCUCUUGACGGCUCUGUGGGGCAGCAGCAGCAGGCCUGCUCAGCAGCAGCAAACCACUACCUCCCCAUCGCCAAGGCCACAGCUUCAGCGUACGCGAGCGGAAUCCCCCAAGCUGUGGAGGUGCUGCGGCUUGCUGCUGCAGCAGCAGCAGCAACAGGAGCAGCAGGAGGCCCCACAGAAGACAGCGAGCAGCAGCGGCUGAGUGCAGACCCUGAGCAGCUCACAAUGCUGCUGCACGAAGCAGAAGAGGGCAACGUCGCUGUGCACGCGGUGCUGGGCCGGAAGUACUUAUUUGGGACCGACGGAUUUCCCCAAAACUUCGCAAAGGCGAAAUACCACUUGAUGGCGGCUAGCAGCAGCUGGAAGGGGGAAGCAAAAGGGCUUUUGGGUUACAUUUACGCUUUGGGCCUCGGAGUGGAGCAAGACUUAAAUGAAGCAGCAGAAUGGUUUUUCAGAGGAGCCACGGAAAACGAGGACCCCAUCGCGUACAACGGGCUGGGCCUGUUGUACUUCUUCGGGACUCCCCUGUUGGACUCUUCGCCGAAAAUUGCUUUUCAACUUUUUUCCAAAAGCGCUGUUUUAGGGUCUCCAGAUGGGCAGUUGAACUUGGCCUCUAUGUACUUGACGGGCACAGGGACUUCGAAGUCCUUUGUGGAGGCCUUGAAGUGGCUGGCGAAAGCUGUGCGCGGCGGCAGCACUGCAGCAGCUUUUGCUUUGGGCUGCAUGCACCUCUCGGGUUUAGGAGCUGUUAGAGACUGUCCUCUUGCUGCAGCACUUCUCAAACUAGCAGCAGACAGAAACCCUUUUUUCGCGGUUCUCCUCCAGCGUACACGGCGUACGAGCAGCAGGCCUACGACGAAGCAGCUUUCAACUUCCUUCUCCUCGCAGAAGCUGGCCACGAGGUGA